UUUAUGAUACGAUAUCCAUGGUACCCUGGAACGCUCAGGUUUCCAUGACGAUGAGGAGCACCACAAGCGAUAACAUUGUAUCGCAUUGGUAAUCGCAAGUGAGACACGGAGUUAGAAGUAAUGGAGUUGGAGCGAGUCACAAAUGAGAAAGUUGGCGAGAGGCCGGUCACUCGAUGGAGGAGAGAUCAGGACGACUCUGUAGAAAGAACUCAAAAUCGGGCCGAGAGAACAUCUUCAGGAACAACCAGAGCCCAGAGUAAAAUCGAGAGACCAACUUCUCGUAGAGGCAUUAAGAACGAGGCAACUGAAUUUCGUGUUUCGGGUGGAUUUCGAUCAGCAACGCCAGUGAGGAAUCCGCUGGCUAGGCCACCCUCAGCUUCGACUUUCUCAAGCAGAGUACUCACUGCUAAUACACGGUUAAAUACAAUGAGUUCUUCUGGAGGUUUGGGUCGUUUAAAUACAGGAUUACCCAGCUCCGGGCAGAUGAACAUGAAUGCCAUGGAUCGUCCUAUUACGCAGCAAGGCAUAGCUGGUGUUCGACCAGGAACCAAUAGAGGAUUGCCCAUGACUAGGCAAAUUCAGGAUAAACGAUAUUAUGAAGGUCUUGUGCAGUUGAAGAUCAGAGAGCUUACCCAAGAGAUAGCGACUAUCACACGGCAAAUUGAUAGUCAGAGCAAGGAGCGAGCGACUUUCUUGCAUUACGACAAACGAGCAAAAGACAUGGCUGCUGAGUUAACGGAUUUGCAAGGUCAACUGGCUGACUAUAAUAUAGUUGUCGAUAAAAUGGCAUCUGAUACGGAUAAGGAUACGAUAGAAUUAGAGGCCAAGGAAUUGGGACAGAUAAAUGAGCACACCUUGGCAGAAAUUGAACAAAUCUUCGAGCAACGACAGCAAAAGGAAUUGCAGCUUCGUAAUAUAGAGAAAAGCAUCGAAUCUGAGCGUAAAAAUACAGAAAGAAUUGUGGAAAACAUGGAGCCUGACGUUCGCGAAAAAUAUGAUAAUUUACAUAAGCAAAAGUUAGAGUUGCAAGAAACUAUUGACAAUAUGCAACAUGAAUUGGAUCAGUUGUCACUAGAGAAAUCGAAUAUGGAGGAGCAGAUUGCACUGUCCCAAGUGAAACAGGAAGCAGUAAAGCUACGUGUGAAGAUCAUAGAAGUCGAAGAGAAGAGGGAUAAAUUACGUGAAGAGAAAAAGAACAGAUUGACACCCGAAGAAGAGAAAGAACGUUUAUUAGCAAAAGUCAAACACGACAAUACUGACAUUGCUGCGGCUGAACGACAAACAGCUGAUUUAAAGAAACGUAUGUCUGAGAUGGAACAAGAAUUAGAGCAAUUGGAAACAGAUUUAGAGGAGAGUCAAUCUGAAAAACAAGUUAAGUAUAAGGAAUUGCGCAAACGAGAAGAAGCAAUGGAACAAUUUAUGUCGACCUUUGAUCAGAACAAAGACGAGGAAUUGGAGAGACUCAAGAAAUUGGAACGUACUGUAGUCGAACGCUUGGCAAAGUUAUCAAACAGUAUAGAUAGCGAUCUUCACUUUGGGUCUGGCGAUGAACUGGCUCUUCUCAAUAUACAAUCAGCUAAUAUCGAUUAUGAUGGUUCGAGUGGCGAACAGAGUUUCGAAGGGUUGAGCAAGGAGCAUUCACGGUUGCAGCAAACUUUAAUCAAGAUGGAAACUUUGGAGAAGAGACUUAAGGCUGAGCUUGUCGAACUCAACGAAAAGGUCAAUAAAAGACAAAAUGAACUCGUCGUCCUGGAGGACUUAGACGGUUUAAAGGCAAGAUCUGAAUUGAGACGAGAAGAGUUACUUGCACAAAAAAAUCAGUUUAAUGCAGAGCAACCGUCUUGCAAGCAGGAAUUGGCUGCAGUGAAGAACGAGUAUGAGGAAAUUAAGUCACGACUGGAUAAGAAUGAAACUUACCUUCAGAUUAGCUCACUGGAAGGUAAACUUCAAAAGUUACAGCAAAGUAACAAGACUAUCGAGGAUUUUAUUAUAGAACAGCGUAAUAAAGCUAAUUAUGGUCCACUGAAGGAUAGAGUUUUUGUUCUAGUUGGUCAGUACAAUUCUGUAUUGAAGGAGUGUACAAAAUCAGUCUAUUAA